GAUUUUAAUGGAAUUGAAUGGAAUUCUAUAAAAUCUGUGAUAUUGUUCUGCAAUUUCAUGGAAUUGGAAUCCUCUUUCCUGCUCAGAUUUUGAGUGAUUUUGCAAACCCUCCUUAUGAACAGCAGCCCAAAGUCUCCAGAACCAAACGCCUACGUUCGAACGCGGCAACAGUAACCCAUCGAAACCAGUCCACCCGGCCGGAGAAGGAGUUAAGAACACCAGCCGGAAACUCGUUAAGCCCGCACCCAUCGCCGCAUAGAAUCAGUCUCGAUCAAAUCCACACCACCAACAAAAACAGAGAACCUUCUUCUAGAUCAAUUCCAAAGUCGGAAGGAUAACACCUGAGAAACCCUCCGACCACGAACAGUGAACAUCGGAGAACCUUCUUCCAGUCAAUAAACCGCCAUUUGGUUAGGAGAGGGAGCUUCUCGCCAGGUCAGUGGAGCUGCGCAGUCGAAGAAGGAAACGACCCAGCAGCGACAAUAAAAUUCGACACAAAUAUUCGACCCGGUGGUGGUGAUGUAGACCUCCUCCGUUGCUUGUUGCUUUGCUUUGCUGCUCUACAGCAAAUCCAGUGAAACCCCCUUUGCAUUUUGAGGAUUUUGCCACAUUCCAUCACAUUCGAG